AUUACUAUCUUCCUAUCCAUUGUCUAGAAGAGCCUCUUUCCAUGGCCAUGGCCUUCAAAGCAUCAUCGCGCAGCUUCUCCGCUCUGCUUCUGCCGCUACUCCUCCUCCUCUCCCUGGCUGCUGUCACAACUACGGGGCAGCAGCAGCAGAGCCUAGAAGCUUGUCCUCCCUUCUCUUGCGGUCUGUUCCACAACAUCAGCCACCCAUUUCGUCGAACAACUGAUCCGCCUCGGUGCGGGGAUCGGAGGUACGAGCUCACCUGCGACGACAAUCAGUCCACCAUCUCUAUCGGCUCCACCCACUACUUGAUCACUCAGCUAUGGUACGAAAGCCGCUGGAUCCGGUUGGUGGAUCCGAACUUUGCAGGUGGAAGCUGUGGCCUCCCUUCCCAAUCUUUGACGCCUUCCGAUGAUUAUUCCAGCUUCGGCGUAUUUUCUCCCGCGGGAGAUGUUUGGGCAAGUUUCAUGAACUGCACGAGAAGAAUCGAGGGCCUGGCUUCGUAUCGACCUGUUCCUUGCUUGAGCAACAGCAACACUUUUGUCUACGUCGUCGUUGCCGAUGACGGAAAUAGAUUGUCAUACCUUUAUCCAUCAUGUCAUUUUCUGUCGAUGAUUCCAGCGAUAGAUGCCGAGUCCUCAACGAGGGAUGCAUUCCGCAUUCUACAUAAGGGAUUUGAUUUGCGAUUCUAUGAAGCGUCGAAUGAUUGGAAAAGAAUAAUCCGCCAAUGUGCGAUUGAAUCCAAAAGCUUGUUCUUUGAUCUACUAAGAGGCAAGCACAUGCUCUCCCAAGUUUACUUCCUCCCCUAUAGUGAGAUACACUUUGCAUUUUGCAUAGGAGACCACUACCAAAGGGCUUUCAUUACUCAAAUCACAAUUGCAGUGGUGGUAUUCAUCCAGAUUGUGCAGCUCUUAGCAGUUUUCUUGAUACUGGGCCGAUUAGUCAUAGCGCCCAUGAUAGUUUGGUUCUUGCUUGGUUACAAACUAUGGAACAGGGGAGUCGCAGUUGACCUUAUAGAGAAGUUUCUUCGGCGCCAGCAAACACUGAUGCCAACAAGAUACGCCUACUCUGAACUCAUAGCAAUCACAAGGCAUUUUAGAGAGAAGCUCGGCCAAGGUGGCUUCGGCUCAGUCUUCAAAGGAGAACUUCUAGGGGAUCGUUUUGUUGCAGUUAAGAUGUUAAGCAACUCCAAAUGCAAUGGCGAUGACUUCAUCAAUGAAGUUUCGACAUUAGGUAGGAUUCAUCAUGUGAAUGUCGUGCGGUUAGUUGGAUAUUGCUCAGAUGGAUCAAAGAGAGCUUUGAUUUAUGAGUAUAUGCCUAAUGGCUCACUUGACAAGUACAUUUUUGCUCCCAAUGGAACUAAUGGUCACUUUUUCACCUCAGAAAAACUCAUUCAAAUAGCAAUUGGUAUUGCACGGGGCAUCGAUUACUUACAUCAAGGAUGUGAUAUGCAGAUUCUACACUUUGACAUCAAGCCUCAUAAUAUACUUAUAGAUCAUAAUUUCACUCCGAAGAUCUCUGACUUUGGACUUGCAAAAUUAUAUCCAAAAAUCAAUGCUCUAGUAUCAGUUAGUGCUGCAAGGGGAACAAUAGGCUAUAUUGCUCCGGAGUUGAUAUCUAGAAGCUUUGGAAAAAUCUCUUUCAAAUCAGAUGUUUAUAGUUUCGGAAUGCUACUAAUGGAAAUGGCAGGAAGGCGAAGAAAUGUGGAUCCUCACGCAGGGAAUUCAAGUCGAGUUUACUAUCCAUCAUGGAUAUACGAUAAGUUGACUCAACCAGAUGAGGUUGAAGUUGUCAACAAGUUUGAGAUACAAGACUUGGAGAAGAAAUUGGCAAUAGUUGGAUUGUGGUGUAUUCAAUUGAGGCCUUCUGAUAGGCCAACUAUGUCUAGAGUGAUUGAGAUGUUAGAAGUUGAUGAUGUUGAUUGCCUUCCAAUUCCACCUAAGCCCUUCCUUUCAUCAGGGAAUUCAUCUACGGAUCGAUCUUCAAUACUAACAAAACAUAGCUUUGAUUCAAUUUCUAUUGAGUUAUCAUCUGUGGUUUCAGAGUGAACAACUAGUCAUUCUAUGGAUAUGUUAUUAUUGUUAUUUCUAGGUAUUGAUGUAUAUGUGAAUUCUUAGAUUUAUUGCUUAUAGGAUGAGUUAGAAGUAGGAAGGGUAACCAUGUAUUGAUGAAUGGAAUGUAUUUAUGAAUCUAAAGACUUUCUAAAA